CCAAAAUGGCGGAUUCGUCGGUGGGUACUCGAUAAUCCCAAAUUAUUAUACAAUUACAACGUUUAUAUGUAGAUGUGUGCCCUCGACUUUCAUUAAUAUAUAUUUUCAAUAUCUUAUCUUUCGACAGGUCGAUGUUAUCGAGGGCUGUCGGCUCCCUGUUCUCCGAAAAAAUCAGGAAAACGAAGACGAGUGGCGUGAGUGUCGUCUCUUGGCUACCGUUAGGGUAGCUAGCGCUACACUAGCUGCAUAAUAAAACAACUGUCAUGGCUGAAUGUUUGAAAACACAAGCGCUUAGCUACGGCUAGUGGCUGAUUGGAAAAAAAGGCACUGGUGGAGUUUUACGGCGAUUUAAAUUGCUUUCUACUUGUGUGUGAACGCUAGUUUGUUAGUUAGCUACCUACGUAUUUUGAUACUGUGUAUGCUGAAAUUAGCUACAUAAAGUAACAUUCACAUUUUGUGCGCUGUUCGAAUUUCGUAUAUACUAGCUAGAAAGCGUACUUGGCUAUCUAGCUAGCUUCCUACCUAAUUUAUAAAUUGGAACAGCGAAUAUGCUCAUUGCUUGGGUAGGAUUAGGUAUCGAGAUCUGUCAUGUCGUGUGAUGUUUUCUUUGCAGCCCUGGCCGAAAUUCUCAGUGUGAAAGAGAUCCCUGGGAGAAAACUCUACUAUGUCCACUAUAUUGACUGUGAGUAGCCUAUGCUUCAUGUAAUUCAGAGUGAAUAUGAGUGUAAUGUUCCGACAUUGUCAAUAGUGAUCUUCACAGGAGAAGCACAUGUCCCAGUAUGUAUAACUGUCAAUUUGGGAAACAUUUGACUAGAUGUCAUCUCCGGUGUGUGUAUACGUGUUUGUGUCUCUGCUUGUGUUUAAAGUCAACAAGCGUCUGGAUGAGUGGGUUACGCCGGAAAGGCUUGACAUGAAGAAGCUCCAGUUCCCUAAGAAGGAGGCUAAAACGCCUACUAAGAACGGGCUUCCGGGGUCACGGCCUAGCUCCCCUGAGAGAGAGGUGGUAAGAGCGGCCGGAGCUGGCCCCCAACAUCCUCCCAGCAGGCCUCCCCAGCCACAAACCCAGCAGAAGUCUCUACCCACCAAGACUUCUAUACCAGACUUUCAAGUGCUACAACAACAAGUUCAGGUUUGGCAGUAGUGUCUUAAGCCCAGUCCUGGGAAUUGUACACUGAUGCUGACAACUAACAUUGUUGUACACUGAUGCUGUCUUGAUUUGAUUAUAACCUAGAUGUUUUUUUGCAGUUGUGCUUAAUACUGAGAUUUUGGACAGCUAUCUUGGUUAAACCAGUCCACUACACUACAACCUAAUUGUAAACACCACCAUUUGGUAUAUAGUCUUUUGAAGCUAUGAUCAUUUAUUGAAAUUAGACAAAUGAAGAGGAUGAAAUAAUUUAUAGACCUUUGUUAAAUGAAAAUGGCACAAUUGGUGCUAUAUUAAUUAUUUCAAAGAUCUCAUAAAAUGAAACGUCAAGUGGCUUAAUUCAAGAUUUCUGUGAAAUAACUGUUCUCUGGUCUUGCCUCUGUGAGGAGACAGAAGUGGAAUAAUAAGGUGCCAGGGGAUGUAUUUCUUCUGUUUCAUGAUAUAUAAAUGCAUUUACAAAUCUUUUAGCUUAAAUUUGUUACAAAAAAGCAUUUGUACUCAGUAUAAAAAAAUAAAUGAAUGCACUCACUGUAAGUCGCUCUGGAUAAGAGCGUCUGCUAAAUGACUAAAAUGUAAAUGUACUCAGAAAAUAGUCGUGUUGUCCUUUUAUACGGUCAUUCCAUGUAUUUAUUUUUAUACACUGGCUUAUUAAGUCAUUCUCAGGCAUGUGUUGAUAUUUUCAACUGCUCAAAUAUAUGCUUUCUUGACUGGUUAUGCUUCUAUUACAAUAUUUAAUGGAUAACAUGAUUAGUUCAGGUGAAAAAUGCAACUCAGUACUUGUGGAGGUUUGAGUGUGACUGUCAGUUAAUCCCCUUCCUCUCUUCCUUUCUGUUCAAAUUCAGAGGAAGAGUCUUGAUCUCAACCUUCAGACUGCCACAGCUCCUUCCAGAGGCAAAACCCUGCCCACACCGGUACAGCUUCAACUUACCCAUUCUACACAGAGCCAUGAUUAACAACUGUUCAGUCCACAAAGUCAGAAUGGGUUUAUAGCUAAAUUUGAAUAGUAACACCAACCAAAUUUAGAUGCACUCAAGCUAUUUUUGAACUUACAGAUGUAUAAUUCUAAAAUCAAGGAGAAACAUCUUGCGAAUAGAUCAGUGGUCCGACUGGUCGAUCUCCAACGCAUUCCUAGUCGAUCACCAAACAUUUCUGUAAAAAACCCAACGAUUUAUUUGUUUCUCACUGAUGGCGGUAGGUGCACUUGAUUCAGCAGCCCUAGCGCCGGGAAGGCAAAGUGUUCCCAUUUUGAACCAUUUCAUGUGUCUGAAGGUAGAACUCUGCCUACCGGGCAGGCCCAGAGAGCAAAUCAAGUGCACCUAUAGGUCUACUGCUGGCCAAUCAGAUAACUCAGAUCACUGUGUCUGCACAGUUUCCACGAGCCAUAGACUAAAAAGAAGCCUCAAACGCACAGCAAAGUUGAUACUGUGAGAUUUCAAAACUUUUUUAAAACCAUGACUAGAGAGACUCAACGAAUACAGCAAAGAGCUGCUGUUUUUGAGUAAGUUCUUGUUUAAGUUGUUAUUCAACAUUGUCAACACUUAUAAGCCAUAAAAUGCGUGUUCUCCCUCCUUCCACUCACGCUACAACCAGCGCUGCAAUGAAUGAGUAUAGUAAAGUGUUCCGAUAAGCUUGCGUUGUUAUUAUUAGUGGCUUGUCUUUUUUAUAUCGAGGAAUAUUUAAUCUUUCUCUGGUCAUAGGAGUAACAACAUGAAUUGGUGCAUGAGGCAGAAAUAAUGCAGUGUGACUUGAGUUUCGCCAUCAGCUGGAAGACCGUGUCCCCUUUUCUCAGCGGAGGGGCGGUGAGUCGGGUGAGAGGCAGCCUCACCUCAGCUCACUCCCUCCCCUCAUGCAGGCCAUCAGUCCAGAAAGAAAAAAUGGCUAAUUAUUAUGCUCACUCAGCUGUGCCUCACAAGUAAUACAACAAGUUAUCUAUUACCAGUGUUUAAAUAUAAUUUCAAAAUGGUCUGGGAAGAACAUUGGUAGUGCAAUUGAAGCAUAGCCAGUAUGCAGUGAUAAUGUAUUGGACCUAUAGCCUACUGCACUAAUAUAAUUGCUACAGAACUGUUUUUAAUUGGUUAAUGUUGCAUAGGCUUAAAUUGUUUUAAGUCAUGUUUUUAAAAAAAUCUGAGUGGUGAUCUGCUUGCAUUUUGACUCAGUGAUCUUGACUCAGAAAAGGUUUGUGACCACUGGAGUAGAUGAUAAGUGAUAUUGUUGACUGGGGGGUUUUGCCCCGGCCCUAGAAUAUGACUGGUAAUGUAAAAGAUGACUAUAAUACCUCGGUUAUGCCUGUGGUGUGGUUGGCAUUUGAAAUAACAUCAACAUAAUCUUAAGAGAUUAAUUAAAUGUCUCUUGAGUGAGAUUUUUCUCAUGUCUGCCCAUGUUUCGCCUCUCAUACAGAAGAGGAAAGCAGAGUCUGUGUCCCUGGCAACACAAGUGUCCCCGGCAACCCCCGUGCCAUCCUUGCCAGGUUCAGCUGAAGCCUCCCAGGUGUCAGUUUACCCUGCUGUGAGGGACACCAACACCUUCAACCUCAAAUCCAACGCCCACGAUGACCAUGAGCAGCUUACCUCGCUCACCACAGUAAACCAACAUUUGAUAACCUUGCCCUUCUGUAAUGAUCAAUCUCUAGCCUCCCACUAUGACUGUGUCUGUGUUUUGAUUUCUUAUCUCCUCCCCUUUUCAAAUCAUCCCAGAAUGGUACUGCCCGUCGCCCCAUGCCCAAUCAGCCAGGCAGGAAGAGGAAGCAGCCCCCCAACUGCGGGGGAACCGAUGAGGUAUGGAACACUCAUUAGUUGCUCUUGUUUCUACUGUUGACCAUAAUCUCUUCCAUCAUUCACAUUUAUAGAGUGACACACUUUAGCAUUAUACUGGCAUCAACAAUUAAUUCUUAUGUUUUUGGAAAUUGCAUCAGCAUCCUUUUAGUUUAAAUGCAUCAAAAAGAAAACAGAUUUUAACACAGGAUAAAGCACAAUAAUAUCCAGCUAGGGCCCUUACUACAUUAGACUAGUCUGAGCCGGGAUACUAGACUAGUGUUGACUAACAGGAUCUUACUGUCCUUGACCUAUAGGUCUACCUUUCAUGGUUAUAUGGUUUCAGUUAGACAGUAAUCUGUAUCAGAAGCCUGUUAGCAUCAGCACAAGCACAUUUUCAACAAUGUUACUUGCAGCAUUGUGAUAAUGUGAGGAGGCAAAAUUGCAUUUUACAUAAUUAUCUGUGUGAACUCAGUAAUUAUCAACUACUAUGAUUUAUUGCCUUCCCCUUUCUGUAUAAUGUUAAGAUAUCCAUCCCAAAUUAACAAGGAAAGAAAGAACAGGUCAAUAUAAUAUAUGAAGAAAUCUCCCUGUUGACCUUUAAUCCCUUAAUCGUCCCUCAUUGGUAUAAUUUGUGUAAACGAUAAUCAAUUCCAUCCCUCUUAAAUCAGUGUCCAAAAGCCCUCUAAUCCGCUUGUUUUUUUGUUAGAUAAUUAAGGUUUUCCAGUAUAACAACAGCCCUCGAUGUGCCAGUGUCUAUCUGCCGACAGGAGAGGUCCGUCUCAUUUCUUUCUCAUUGCCCUUGUCUCUUUGUUUAUGGAAUUAUUUUAAAGGUUAUGGCCUUCGAUCAGACCUUUAUUAUUUAAUAUGAGAGCUAUUUCUCAGUGUAUGGUUGAGUUUUUCUGAUUAAACAUAGGCGGUUUUUACAGUUGUUUCAUUUUAAUUUAUUGGCUUUUAUUUGGACAAGGUUCUAAGACAAUGCAUCAGAUAUGGAAUACUAUUGUUCUCUUCCAUUUUGAAUCAGGACUCGCAGGACAGCUCCGAUGGCAUCCCCUCUGCCCCUCGCAUGACUGGCAGUCUGGUGUCGGACCGUAGCCAUGACGACAUUGUCACGCGUAUGAAGAACAUUGACUGCAUUGAACUGGGCCGCCACAGGCUGAAGCCCUGGUACUUCUCCCCCUACCCACAGGAACUGACCACAUUGCCUAUUCUCUACCUCUGCGAGUUCUGCCUCAAGUACCUCAAGAGCCUCAAGUGUCUGCAGAGGCAUCUGGUGAGACGCUACAUAAGAAUAUCUCAAUGGAAUGAAUGUGUGUAACACCAGUACAAGAGACUGUGGAGAGGGUUGCUGUACAGUUAUGGUAUUGUUUGAGCUACAGAAGACCAGGGGUCAACCGACCAGCUAGGCUGAGCUAAGGGAUAUAGCUACACUGAGUCUACAAAACAUUAACACCUGUUCUUUCCUUGACAUAGACCGACCAGGUGAAUCCAGGUGAAAGCUAUUAUCCCUUAUUGAUGUCACUUGUUAAAUAAUAAUAAUAUAAUAUGCCAUUUAGCAGACGCUUUUAUCCAAAGCGACUUGCAGUCAUGUGUGCAUACAUUUUUACGCAUGGGUGGUCCCGGGGAUCGAACCCACUACCCUGGCGUUACAAGCGCCAUGCUCUACCAAUUGAGCUACAGAGGACCACUUCAAUCAGUGUAGAUGAAUGGGAGGAGACGGGUUAAAGAAGGAUUUUUAAGCCUUGAGACAUGGAUUGUGUAUGUGUGCCCUUGAGGGUUAAUGGGCAAGACAAAAAAUGUAAGUGCCUUUAAAUGAGGUAUGGUAGUAGGAGCCAGGCGCACCGGUUUGUGUCAAGAACUGCAACACUGCUGGGUUUUUCACGCUCAACAGUUUCCCGUGUGUAUUGAAUUGAGGCUGUUCUGAGGGAAAAGGGGGGCAACUCAAUAUUAGGAAAGUGUUGUUAAUGUUUGGUAUACUCAGUGUAUAUUUCCACUAGGGGCUUGGAUACAGAGCCACCUUGUCUAUGCAUGUGAUCCUAUAUUAUUCUCCUGCUCUCAUCCAGACCAAGUGUAAUCUUCGCCAUCCCCCUGGCAAUGAGAUCUACCGCAAGGGCACCAUCUCCUUUUUUGAAAUAGAUGGCAGAAAAAACAAAGUGAGUAAAGUCCAUGAUCCUCCCAGCUGUUAUUCUAAUGAGUUUCAUUGAGAUUCUCGCUUCACAACUCUUGUUUCUCCCAUGUUUGCCAGACAUACUCUCAGAACCUGUGUUUACUGGCCAAGUGUUUCCUGGACCACAAGACCCUGUACUAUGACACAGACCCCUUCCUCUUCUACAUCAUGACAGAGUACGAUGCCAAGGGCUUCCACAUAGUGGGCUACUUCUCCAAGGUACACUGAACUCCCCUUAUAUCCUGGUAUUAGCAGAUAAACAUCUGUUGCUCACAAAUAUCAGCAAUAAUACUAUGUAAUACUUGCCAUCAUAACCAACUCCUUAGACAUGUUGAAAAUACAUAUGCUUUUUGCAGCUGACUUGCUCUUCCUUUCUGUACGCAGGAGAAGGAGUCGACGGAAGAUUACAAUGUGGCUUGUAUCCUCACCUUACCUCCCUACCAGCGGAGAGGCUACGGCAAAUUGCUAAUUGAGUUCAGUAAGUGACAUAACAGACUUUUUAAAAACAUUUAAAUAUUGGAUCUUGGUUUAAAUCUGCACAAUGUACUUCUACCUCUGUGUCAAAAUGAUCUGUGGGAGUGUGUUGAAAUGUGGCCAUUCGGUAUGCGGUAAAUAAAGGUCUUGUUUCUGUUGGUCAUCAGGUUAUGAGCUGUCUAAGGUAGAGGGGAAGACGGGCACACCAGAGAAGCCUUUGUCUGACCUGGGGCUGCUCUCCUACCGCUCCUACUGGUCCCAGACCAUCCUGGAGAUCCUCAUGGACCUCAAGCCUGACAAUGGGGAGAGGCCUCAGAUCACAAUCAAGUACGACUGUCCUGUUAUUCUCUCAGCUUGUUCUCUUUUAUAGCUCAAGUUGCAGUGAUUUCUGUAACCUAAUAUCACGUGGUCUUGUGUAUUUCCAGUGAGAUCAGCGAGAUCACCAGUGUGAAGAAAGAGGAUGUCAUAUCUACACUUCAGUACCUAAACCUAAUUAACUACUAUAAGGUGAGAGAUACCAGAGUGCAGGGGACAGCACUUCAGCACUGUAAUUUUAGCUGUUAAGGGGCAAUCUUGAUCAGCAUAUUUGAACCUCUUCUCUCCCUGUGGUUUCUCAGGGCCAAUAUAUUCUGACUCUUUCGGAGGACAUAGUGGAGGGGCAUGAGAGAGCAAUGCAGAAGCGUCACCUGCCCAUCGACCCCAAAUGCCUUCACUUCACCCCCAAGGACUGGAGCAAGAGGGGCAAGUGGUAGAACCCUGUCUGGUUCUCCUGGCCCCGCUCUCCCUCUCUUACCGCAUACUUUCCUGACGCUCUCAGGAAGGAGAGCACCACAGGUCUCCUCAGAGAGGGAGCUUCAUUCAAUUUCAUCUGACCCUUUUUGUCAAAUAUGUAAAAAUGAACAACUGUUUCUAUUCAGCAUCCUUUUUUACAAUUAUGCCCAACCUCCUAUUACCCAUGUUUCAUCUCACUGUUCUGUCUUUGACACAAGUAGAUCCAUUUGCUUAGUCUCAAUAGUAGGAAUGGUCAUAAUUUUGGAUAGAGGACGCCUACCCUCUGUUUUAUCACCCUCCUGGCACACUCUGUCUUCCACACUCUUGGACUAGUUGGUAGUAUGUGCUCAUGUUAGUGAACAUCACUCUGUUAUUGUUUUGGCUGUAAUCCUGGAUUUUGACUACACAUGUCCACAGUUUCAUUGAUCCAACACACAAUGAGAAUUACAGAUCUAACUGUGCUUGUAAUUGUAUAUACACUAUUGCUGUUUUAUAAAUGAUUUUUAAAGUGGUGUUGCAUUUCUGUAUGUCAAAUGUAAUGUGGGGAUGCUCAGUACAGAAAAUAAGCCAUGUCGAACUGUUACAAGAAUGUAAAUGUGGAUACCUGUACAGUUCUGUCCUUAAAAAAAAAAAACUUGAAUGUAAAUUAACAUGUUUGGCACAAUAUGUGUCAUUUAAUUUAAUGACUAUUUACUGUACAUUUGUGUGUAUAGUUAGGGAUUUGUAACAAGUGAUUCAUACUUUGUUUUUCUGUUGUCGCUAAUAUUUAGUUAUUUCCCUUCAUAUUUAAGUGCAAAUUCAACAUUGAUUUGUUUUCUGUUUUGUAUUAUAUGAACAGUGCAUGGGUUUGUAAGUGGUUUAGAGAUAGGGGAAUCAGUGAUUUUUGGCAACACUGAAAAAGGCUAUAAAUCUAACAAACAGAUUAUUGUUAUAAUAGCCUAAAGAGCGAUGGAUUUACACAUAUCUAAUAAACCAGGACACUUUUACUGGG